AUGGUGAAGUUCGGUCAGGUGGUUAUUGGGCCGCCCGGUUCGGGCAAAUCCACCUACUGUGCGGGUGCGAAGCAGCUGCUAAACAGCCUAGGUAGGCCAACUGCGAUCGUGAAUUUGGACCCCCAGGUGACCUCUUUCGAGCUUCCGUACACGCCGGACGUUGACAUUGGCGAAUUGGUGGAUUCGCAAAAGGUUGCUGAGUCCAUGGAGUUGGGUCCAAACGCGUCGUUGAUAUUCGCCAUGGACUACCUGUUGGCUAACUUGGAUUGGCUAACCGGCAAGCUUGACGCCCUUGGCGAUGUGUACCUGCUGUACGAUAUCCCUGGUCAGAUUGAGUUGUUCACGCACCACACUGCGCUGAGGGAUAUCAUCGACACUCUACAGCGUAAGCACGCCCAUCGUCUAACUGGUGUGAACCUGAUAGAUUCCACGUUGUGCGCGGAUCCUUUCAAAUAUGUCGCUGCGCUGCUAACAUCACUGAGCUGCCAGAUCUUCAUCCAAUUGCCGCACGUGAACGUGUUGAGCAAGUUGGACUUGUUACGUUUGGUGUCUAAGGAUUUGGCAUUCAAACUUGAGUUCUACACAUCCGUUUUAUCGCUGGACGAGCUGCUGUCUUAUUUCAAAACAUCAUCUGCCUACCGCCUCAACGAACGCUUCGAGCGCUUCACCAGCGCACUGUGCGAGCUGAUCAACGACUUCAACUUGGUAUCUUUCGCCACUCUCGACGUGCAGAAUCGCGAUUCCUUAAUGAAGCUCAUCAAACUGGUUGACCGCUCCACUGGCUACAUAUCCGGUCCCGCUUUUGACGCCUACGAUGUGGAUGCAGAUUUGGACCUAGACUACUGUGUCCGCGAUUGCGAGGACACUGGCGACUUCGAAUAG